ACUUCAAAACAUAUUUUCCCACUUUUCAGAUAUCCUAACAACGACGAUUGGUUUCUCCGAGGAGUGUUGUGUGCCACAACGCUGGCACCCCACCGGUUCAGACCCCACCUUGGACCUGGUCAUCGCGCUCAUGUGUAUGGGACUCUACCCUAAUGUCUGCUUACAUCAGGGGAAGAGAAAGGUUCUGACGACGGAAGGCAAGCCGGCGGUGAUCCACAAGACAUCGGUAAACUGCAGCAACCAGGAGCAGCGCUUCCCGUGUCCGCUGUUCGUGUUCGGCGAGAAGGUCCGCAUGCGCGCCAUCUCCUGCAAGCAGACCACCAUGGUGGCGCCGCUGCAUCUGCUGCUGUUCGCCUGCAGGAAGGUCGAGUGGAUUGACAACGUGGUCCGCCUGGACAACUGGCUGAACUUCGACAUGAAGCCGAGCACGGCGGCGCUGGUGAUCGCGCUGCGGCCCGCCGUCGAGAAGAUCGUCGAGCGCGCCGCCGCUGAACCUGACGCCGCGCUACACUUCUCGCCUAUUGAACAAAAGGUAAUCGACUGCGUGAAAUCGCUAUGCAUCGUGGACGCGGGCGACUACAACAUCCAGCGCGAGACCAGCACACCGACGUUCAGGAUGGACGGCGCCAAGCGAGGCAACCGCGGCUGGGGGACCACCGGGCCCCGCGGCGGCUUCGGCGGACAAGGGUUCGGCGCCAACCAGGGCUUCGGCGGAAACAGAGGCGGAUUCGGCGGAACUAGAGGCGGCUUUGGCGGGAACCGAGGCGGUUUUGGAAGCGGCAAUCAGGGCGGCUUCGGCAAUGAAGGUCAAGGUGGCUUCGGAGGUGGAUUCCAGGGCGGUUUCCGAGGUUCAGGCGGUUUCGGCAGCAACCAAGGAGGUUUUGGCGGUAACCAAGGUGGUUUCGGCGAUAACCAAGGUGGUUUCGGUAGCAACCAAAGUGGUAACGGUUUCGGCCGCGGUGGAUUUGGCAGCCGAGGGUUCGGUAAUACAGGUUUCGGAAACCGCGGCUAUGGUAACAGUGGCUUUAGAAGAGGCGGACGCGGAUAUUGGUGACCAUUUCAGUAAAUAGUAGGUAUAAUAGUGACAAAUUGUGUGAUCCCAGAGUCACUAAACUUAGAAAUAAAUUAAUACCAUAAUA